GCAAGGCUUCCGACUCCCUCCAUUGACCGUGGCUCCCAUGAGGCCAGCGCGAUAGAAACCGUAUAUAUACUACGCCGCAUCCUGCGGCGAACCCAGGACGUCAGGCAUGAAGCUCUCCAUCCCGUUCCGACGGUUACUUCCCGCUUCCCCGAGACACUGGACCGCUCGCCAUUACUCGACUUCGCCAUCUACGCAACCUUCUAGUACCCAGUCGAGGUCAGCUAUGCCUUGGGUUUUGGGCGCGUUGGCGGGAGUUGGCGUCAUCGGCGGAGCUGGUUACGCUUGGUACCAUCUUUCCGGCGCGAAACGCGUGGUCGAUGUGGCAAGGGCGGGCAAGCAGCGCUACGACGAAACGAAGGGCAGCAUUGCCGAGAAGCGAGAGAAGGCCGCGGUCAUGAGCGCAGCUGCGAAGGAGAAGGCAACCAAUCUCUCAGACCGCUUGAAAGGGCGCUACCGUGCGACGGCAUCGAAGGAGCAGGAUGCAGACUCCGUUGAUGGCGCGGGAGGAGAUACGAAGGAAGACCGCCCACCUUCGUGAACACCCCCACGCCUCGUACUACGUGCCUUGCUUUUAAUGGUGAACCGCCGCUCCCGGCGCUAUCCUGCUUCUUUCUGGCCACCC